AGUUUUUAGUAAUUGCUACAUUAUUGUUAUUUAGUUUUAUUUUUAUUCUUAAAAUUAAGGGGCAAUAAAUUCGACUCGACUAGAGCUAUUCGAAAGGCCAAAGAAGUUCCAACAGAAUGGGUGCAUUCUUUGACUAUUGAGCAAACGAAUAAAUGGAGCUUCUUGGAAUGUAACUUCUUUACACUCAAGAAAACUUAACGACAGGAUCAUGGCGGCCAUUGAAGGAAGAAUCUCUGCGACCAUUGAAGGAAGAAUCCCCGCGGCGGUUGAAGGGAGAAUUCCGGAAGAAUUGACGGCUAGGUAUUAUGCCCUUUGCACCGUUGGAGGAAUGCUCAGUGCUGGUACCACUCACCUUGUCACCACUCCUCUUGACGUGUUGAAAGUUAACAUGCAGGUGCAUCCUAUUAAGUAUCACAGUAUUUCGUCUUGCUUUACUACGUUAUUGAGGGAACAAGGGCCUUCUGUUCUCUGGAAAGGUUGGACAGGAAAGUUCUUUGGAUACGGUGCUCAAGGAGGGUGUAGAUUCGGUCUCUAUGAAUAUUUCAAGGGGGUUUACUCCAAUGUAUUGGUAGACCAGCACAGGAGUCUCGUGUUCUUUCUUAGUAGUGCAUCUGCCGAAGUAUUUGCCAAUUUAGCCUUAUGCCCAUUUGAAGCUGUUAAAGUCAGGGUUCAAGCACAACCUAGUUUUGCUAAGGGCAUGUUAGACGGAUUUCCGAAGGUAUAUGCAUCAGAAGGCGCACGAGGAUUCUACCGUGGACUUGCUCCACUUUUGGGUCGAAACAUUCCAUUUUCCAUUGUUAUGUUCUCAACGUUCGAGCAUUCUGUUGAUUUUUUGUAUCGUAAUGUUGUCAAAAGAAAAAAGGAGGAAUGUUCAAAAGCUCAACAACUUGGUGUGACAUGUUUAGCUGGAUAUACCGCUGGAUCUGUUGGUAGCUUUAUUUCUAAUCCUGCUGACAAUAUAGUAGCUUCUCUUUAUAACAAAAAAGCUGAUAGUCUUAUGCUGGCUAUCAGAAAAAUUGGACUAGCCAAUUUAUUUACCAGGAGCCUUCCUAUUAGAAUGUUGCUGGUUGGUCCUUCGAUAACUAUGCAAUGGUUUUUCUACGAUACAAUCAAAGUUUUAGGUGGACUGCCAACUAGUGGUGAAGUUACAGCUGACUUAGGAGAUGGGACAGGCUAGAUUCAUAGAAAAGAAAUUCUGCAAUCACAUUAUUUUGCCGGUCCACGAUUGCAAGUCAUUUUAUUGUAUACACUAGAAUAGUUUGCAGAAGUUUUGUUUUCUUCUUAUAGCCCUUCAUUUAGUUUAGAAUAUGGUCCCGAAAACCAAAAAACACGAGAUUGUACAAGUAACAAGUCUCUUCGAGCUUAUCUCAAGUUCAAAUCUGAUUCUUUGCCACCCAUGUAGUCUUGUCUGACUACAGAUUAAUCUCUGCAGUUACGAAUGAGACCAUUUAUGUUUGAACAUAUACUUCAGUAGCAUACUAAGAGUUACAUAAAGAACAAAAUAAUAAAAGAUUUAUUAGCAAUGCUUGUGCUAGCAACUUAACACUUUUGGUUUUGACCAUGCUUCUUGGCGUGCUCCAUUAAAUUUGAUUUUAUUUUGAAUUCUUCCAAUCCUCAUACUUCUAUAAUUAACAUUUUAUCUGAAUUUGAAUACUGACGGAAACACUUAUUGAUCAGACUUUACAUAAUACAUAGUACAUACCAUUCGGUUGAGAAUAUUCUAGAUUACCAUGGUCCCCUUCUGACUUUAAUGCGAAACCGAUACGAGGACAAGUUACACUAGUUUGUCAAUGUCAACAUGAAGCAAAUGAAACAUAGAAAACACCAUUAUUGAAAGUAUUGGUAACAGCAAGCUCAUAACUCACAGAGCCGGUAGAUUUGAAGAGGGGGGACACACUGUGUUGUCACCAUUCACCAGAUGACUUUAAAAGCUCAUCGUGAUAUGGUUUGUUAAUUAAGGUGCAGGUUGCACUAUUGGCUAUGUGACAUGUAUUGUGUCUUAAUCAAGGUUGUUAAAAGCGCGAUUUAAAAUUUAAAUUCUAUAGAUUUUACGUUUUUAGGUCAACAUGUUAUUGUUUUAAUUUAUUUACUAAUUAUAGAUGUUUUAAUAUAAAUUUAACUAUCAUAACUGAACCUACCACUCAUUCAUCUGAUAU